AUGUCAAGAUUUGUCAAGAUUUGUAGCUCCUAUGAUGUAUAUGUCAAGAUUUGUAGCUCCUAUGAUGUAACACAGCUGCUUUUCAACCAAGAAUCUCCCCCCUUUGAGGAGUUCAGGAAGAGGACGAGUCAUGAACAGACUCCAAUGCGCAGUAUUAUAUUGCAAUCAAGUUUUAAGGAAUGUAGUUCAUAUUCAAUUACACUAUCUGGUGAUAUGGAAGUGCGUACUAUCAGUGAGAUCUACAGGGACAAGGAGGUGUUUGGAGAUUUCUGGGUUGCAGCUAGGAUUGUGUUCAUUGAUGAUCCAGAGUGGUACUAUGCUUCGUGUCGAACCAAGGGUUGUAACAAAAAGCUUAAACUGAAAGGGAAGUGGCUGUGGUGUAGUACAUGUGACAGAAAUUGGGGUGACGGGACACUGAGGUACAGAGUUAAGGUUAGAGUUGUGGACUUGGAUGGCAAUGCUCCUUUUCUUCUAUGGGACAGGGAGUGCCUCGAUUUAAUUGGAAUUAGUGCAGAUGAUCUGAAGGAUACCCAUACAAAGGGAAGAAAUGAUCUACCUAAGGAGCUUGAAACUCUAAUCGGACUGAAUCUGUUAUUUCGAAUUGCUGUGCGUAAGGAACAGUUCCAAAACUAUCUCAAUGCUUUCCCUGUUAUGAGAAUCAUCACUGAUGAAAAGAUUGUAGAGAAGCACGCACCAGAGCUAAUCCAAGUUAGGGACAGGGACCUCUCAUCAAAGUUGAAGUUGGAGCUUACGGACGAGGACCUAUGGGAUAUAGAGGAUAUAGACCAAGCAAAUGAAGCUGAAAGUCCUCUCCAAGUUGUUGCACAGAGACUGAACGAAGAUAACAGUAUUGAGAAUGGAACCGUGAAGAGAUCGCUAAUUGAUGAGUUUUCUAGCACACAAAGUUCGAAAAAAAGCAAUGACAGUGUUGUGAAGAUUGAGAAAGAAACAGAUUUGUAA